GAGCAACAUCUUUGCUGCAAUGCGCUGUGCCAUAUUUCCUCUGGAACGUUCCCCUGGCCGCGCUCUUCAUCUUCCAGCAUAGUGUUGUCAAGAAAGCCAUCCAGCGCGGUUUCGGUUCGUGGGGGCGCCGCGUGUACAGCUUCACCAGUGCACUUGCUUUGCAUCUCUUCAUGAGGAACUACAAGGAUCUUGAUGUUCCCGACCUCAGCCUAGACCUCCUGAGCCUGGGCGUAACCAGCUAUCGUCACUUCAUGGCGUCUUCGGCUGUGAUCCUUGUGAGUUUCGGUUUUUUUGCGGCGCACACGGGCGGCGGCUGGUUCAAGGCCAUUCUUUUCGGUGAGAGGCCCUUAAAGCCGGACCCGUCUAAGAAGGGCGCAUGCCCCGUAAACAUGGACGUCAUCACUGGCAUGGGCAUCUGCGUCUACCGUGAGCUUGGGUGGCUAGGUUUUCUUCUCUUCAGCGGCCUCUCAAUCAUCCCUCGCCAUAUUACCCUGGGGGAUGUGAUCAUGCGACUCUGUGCCGGAAUCUACCUUCGAACCAUGAGCGGCCACUUCCAGCGCUUCGCACGCCACUACCGGGGCCACUGGAUCGCGCGGGCCUUGAUCAUCGCAGCAGCCGCGGCUGCCACUGCUGGGCAGGGCUUCUGGAAAUCCCUGCAGUUCUGGCAGUUGGUUUUUCUGGCGCUGGGCACCACCAUAAUGAUAAUUGUUUUCGAGGUUGAUCACCUCCACUUCCUGUCCCCAAAGGGGGCUUUGUACAGAAUACAGUCGUAUUGCCCUUGCAAGACUUUUCAGCACCCUCAGGCAGCGCAAGUUCCCAAAGGGAAGCCGCUGUCCUUUGAAGGGUAG